AUGAGUAUCUACUUGGCUGAUGUACGUAUCUCCAUUCCCCUGGUAGAUCAAGAACGAUGCGACGCAAAGGUACCUACAGAACGCGCGACCCGACCGGGAAAGGAAGGUGAGGGGGAGGUCCGUCAUGAUGCGCUCCGUACUUGUGGUUUCGUCGGUUCUGAGAAGGGGUGUGCGCGGGAGAAGAGGAGGAAUUGCGGCUUUCAAGUAUCUGCGCGAUCAAUGGAUGCAACAGGGACUUAUUCCGACCAGCCUUCCUUCACCCACGUUUCGACCUGUGUGCCAUCCUCUACGGCACUGGCCUUUGAUCAAGUGCCGGUAUGGUGUCGAGGCAUGGCUGAGUGUGAAGGUGCAGAGUGGUCGGCUCGGACAGCCGAGGUGCAAACCCUUAAUGCGAAACGAAAGAACAUGCACUUCAUGCGCCCGAACAAAGCCGGGGUGAACGAAUCUCCCGUUCAGCGCUGA